AAAAAGACCGCCUGCAAAAGGUGUGAAUUAUUUGCCUUAUAAACAUGCAAGCUCCGUUCACAAAUCAUUAUUCAACAGUUUUCUUCUCUACAAGCUUCAAGCAGCAAAGAGAGAAAACUUUCACCGAAUAAAUUAGCAAAUCCACAACAUGGAACACGCAUUUGCGAAAGAGAACGAGGAGGUUCUCGAAUUCUUCAACGUUUCCGAAACAACUGGUUUGAAACCAGAACAAGUCAGAGAAAAUCGAAGAAAAUAUGGGCCUAACGAACUUCCAGUCGAAGAAGGAAAAAGCUUGUGGGAACUUCUUGUAGAACAAUUUGAAGAUCUUCUCGUCCGAAUUCUGCUGUUAGCUGCCAUUAUUUCCUUUGUUCUUGCACUUUUCGAAGAUGGAGAGGAAACCAUCACUGCAUUUGUUGAACCAUUCGUCAUCUUGUUGAUUCUCAUCGCUAACGCCGUCGUUGGAAUCUGGCAAGAGCGAAAUGCAGAAAGUGCCAUCGAAGCAUUAAAAGAAUAUGAACCAGAGAUGGGCAAAGUUUUGCGUCAAGAUCGUGCAUCAGUGCAAAGAAUUCGAGCAAGUGAGAUUGUUCCUGGCGAUAUCGUCGAAGUGGCAGUUGGAGACAAAGUUCCAGCAGAUAUCCGAAUUAUUGCAAUCAAGUCCACAACCCUUCGGGUCGAUCAAGCAAUUCUUACUGGUGAAAGCGUCAGCAUUAUCAAACAUACCGAUGCUGUUCCGGAUCUCCGAGCGGUCAAUCAAGAUAAGAAGAAUAUGCUUUUCUCCGGAACUAACAUCGCUGCUGGAAAGGCCGUAGGAAUUGUUGUCGGCACUGGAAGUAACACUGAAAUUGGAAAAAUUAGAAACGAGAUGGCCGAAACUGAAAACGAAAAGACUCCACUCCAGCAAAAACUUGAUGAAUUCGGAAACCAGCUAUCAAAGAUUAUCACGAUUAUCUGCAUCGCUGUCUGGGCAAUCAACAUUGGUCAUUUCAACGACCCAAUUCACGGUGGAUCCGUCAUAAAGGGAGCAGUCUACUAUUUUAAAAUUGCUGUCGCCUUAGCUGUUGCAGCAAUCCCAGAAGGACUUCCAGCAGUCAUCACAACUUGUUUGGCUCUCGGAACGCGACGAAUGGCAACCAAGAACGCAAUCGUCCGUAGCCUUCCAUCAGUAGAAACUUUGGGAUGUACGUCGGUCAUCUGCUCCGAUAAGACCGGUACCUUGACCACAAACCAAAUGUCCGUCUGUCGCAUGUUUGUCUUCAAAGCCCUUCAAGCGCAGCAAGCAACCUUCAACCAAUUCACAAUCUCUGGAUCAACCUACGAACCUGUUGGGGAUGUUAUGCUUGAUGGAAAGAAAAUCAAUCCUGGCAGCUACGACUCACUCGUCGAACUCUCUACCAUAUGUUCACUGUGCAACGACUCAUCUUUGGAUUACAAUGAAGGCAAAGGUAUCUACGAAAAAGUCGGAGAAGCCACUGAAACUGCUCUCACCGUUCUUUGUGAAAAAAUGAACGUAUUCAACACCGACGUAACUAGUCUAAGCAAAGCACAACGAGCCAACGCUUGUUGUCAAACCAUCAAAAACAUGAUGAAGAAAGUGUUCACUCUUGAAUUCUCUAGAGAUCGUAAAUCUAUGAGUGCAUACUGCACACCAGCCAACUCAGAUUCUCCAAUUGGACCAAAGAUGUUUGUCAAGGGAGCACCAGAAGGUAUUUUGGAUAGAUGCACUUACGUUCGAGUAGGAAACCAAAAGAUGAUGAUGACACCCGCCAUUCGUGAACAAAUCAUGUCCGUUGUAAAAGAAUACGGAACUGGAAAAGAUACUCUUCGAUGCAUUGCACUAGGAACCAUUGAUAAUCCAGCCAAUCCUUUAAGCAUGGAUUUGACAGAAUCAACUAAAUUUGCCAACUACGAAACAGAAAUCACAUUUGUUGGUGUUGUAGGCAUGCUUGACCCACCUCGUACCGAAGUCUACCAAGCGAUCCAAGAAUGCAAAGCUGCAGGAAUUCGAGUUAUCGUCAUCACUGGAGAUAACAAAGCAACCGCUGAAGCCAUUUGCCGCCGCAUUGGAGUUUUUGGUGAAGACGAAUGUACUGAAGGAUUGGCUUACACAGGUCGCGAGUUUGAUGAUUUGUCUAAAGACGAACAAUUUAAAGCUUGCCUCCGCGCACGACUUUUUGCUCGCGUUGAACCAUCACAUAAAAGCAAAAUCGUCGAAUACCUUCAAGCUAAUGGAGACGUUACUGCUAUGACUGGUGACGGUGUCAACGACGCCCCAGCUCUUAAAAAAGCUGAAAUCGGAAUUGCUAUGGGAAGCGGAACUGCAGUCGCCAAAACCGCCGCAGAAAUGGUUCUUGCUGACGACAACUUUACUUCAAUCGUAGCAGCUGUUGAAGAAGGACGGGCAAUUUACAACAAUAUGAAACAAUUCAUUCGUUACCUAAUUUCAUCCAACAUUGGCGAAGUUGUCUGCAUUUUCCUCGCCGCCGCUCUCGGCGUUCCUGAAGCUCUCAUUCCAGUUCAACUUCUUUGGGUCAACUUGGUCACCGAUGGUCUUCCAGCUACUGCUCUCAGCUUCAACCCACCAGAUUUAGACAUCAUGGACAAGAAGCCACGGUCUACUAAAGACACCCUUAUCAACGGUUGGUUGUUGUGUAGAUAUUGCGUUAUUGGAGUUUACGUCGGAGCUGCAACUGUAGGAGCAUCCACAUGGUGGUUCCUCUACUCCGAAACCGGUCCACAAAUGUCUUGGUGGCAAGUAACUCACUAUAUGUCGUGCCACUCAAGCCCAGAAUUAUUCGAAGGAAUCACUUGUAAAAUCUUUGAAGAUCCUCAUCCAAUGACCAUGGCUUUGUCAGUCCUCGUCAUCAUCGAAUUGUGCAACGCUCUUAACUCCGUCUCUGAAAACCAAUCACUUCUCGUCAUGCCACCAUGGCAAAAUCUUUGGCUCAUCGGUGCUAUCCUUCUCUCACUAUCACUUCAUUUCGUUAUCCUGUACGUCGACCCUCUUCCAAUGGUGUUCCAGAUUUGCCCACUAAGCUUUGCAGAAUGGAUGAUGGUUCUCAAGAUCUCUCUUCCAGUCAUUAUCAUCGACGAAGGACUAAAAUACGUUGCUCGCAACUACGUUGAGGUUGAAAAUAAGAAGAAAACUGAUUAAUUUCUCAGAAAACUAAUAAUAUAUCCAUAUUAAAAUAACUCGAAAUUUACAAUUAAAACGGCGAGAAGUGGGUGUCUUCAGAGACACCCUUAGAUGUUUGAGUUAAAAUAUUUUGAUGGUUCAUCAUGGAUAACAUUUUGUUUUAGUUUUUUUAUUGAGAUGCAUGUCACGUUUCUUUCUUGUCUUCUGGUCGAUGUCAAUCAUCUUGUUGAAUAAAUUCUCGCCACAUAUA